AAAAGAAAGAGAGACAUAAAGUAGAAGAUUUUUGAAAAAUAUUUUUACGACUCGGAGCUCAGAUAUGAAGUAAUACAGAAAGAUACAGUUGAUUUGAUAUAUUCUUCGAUUUGAAAAUUAUAAAUUCCCCUAAAACGUCAUCCUGUUUUGUCAGGAAGUUUUGUAAGGAAGAGUUGGUAGGUAGGUUCAGUAGGUAUUCGACAUCAUGGCCAAUAUGAUUAGUGACUUUUAGUUCCAAGCGUUUAUGGAGCGUUUACUGGCAUAAUGAUAGCGGGUGUUUAUGGUUGUGGUAUGGUAGUUGAAUAGCAUGUUGAAAAGUGAUUUAUAACAAUAAAAAGUAAAAGUAAUUACUUUGUAUAAUGCAACUAUAAUUGAGUAUUUUAGACAUACAUAGUAAAACAAUAUAUUUUAUUGUAUUAUAAAAUGCUGUCGACUGUUUUGAAGUCUGUAUUUGGUUAUGAUAAUUUCAAAAGCGAUGUUCAAGAACGAGCAACCACCGCUGUUUAUAAAGGUAAAAACGAUGUGUUUGUAUGUAUGCCAACUGGUGGUGGCAAAUCACUUUGUUUUCAAUUGCCAGCAGUAAUGAAAGAAAAUAAAGUCACAAUUGUUUUUUCACCUCUAUUAGCUCUAAUGAAGAAUCAAGUAGAUUUUUUAGUUAGUAAAAAGAUAAAUGCUACCUCAUUAAAUUCAAAUACAUCCACGAAAGAAAGAAAUGCAAUAAUGAAGGAUUUAACAUCUAAUACACCAAAGAUCAAAUUAUUGUAUGUUACUCCUGAAAUGGGAGCACAACCACAUUUUCAAGAUACAAUAGUAAAACUAAGAAAAGCAAAAGCACUGUCAUAUUUUGUUAUUGAUGAAGCUCAUUGUUUAAGUCAGUGGGGUCAUGAUUUUAGACCCAGUUACAGACAAUUAGGUGCAUUUAAAAAAUUAUGUCCCCAAAUUCCUAUAAUUGCUUUAACAGCUACUGCUGCAAAGGAGGUUAAAGAUGAUAUACUUCAAUCCUUAAAUAUGAAAAAUCCUUUGAUAUUUUCAGUGCCUGUCUUUCGACCUAAUCUUUAUUAUGAUAUAAGGUUUUUAGAAAUAUUAGACAAGCCAUUUGAACAUUUAAAGAAUUUUAUUUUAGAAGCGCUUGGCUCUCAAGAUGAAUCUACUCCAAAAGUGAAGAAAAAUUGUGGUAUCAUUUAUUGUAGAAAGAAGGAAGCAACUGAAGUGAUUGCACAUAAAUUGUCUAAUUCUGGUGUACAGACUUUAGCAUAUCAUGCUGGUUUGAAAAAUCAAGAGCGUAAUGAGGUUCAAAAUAAAUGGACAUCAGGUGAAGUACCUGUUAUUGCAGCUACAUGCAGUUUUGGAAUGGGUGUAGAUAAAGGAUCUGUUAGAUUUGUGGUACAUUGGACAGUCCCUCAAAAUAUAGCAGCAUACUACCAAGAAUCUGGUAGAGCAGGUAGAGAUGGUAAACCGGCUUUUUGUAGAAUUUAUUUUAGUAAUGAAGAAUACGGGCCUAUCGCGUUUCUUAUUAAAGAAGAAAUUACGCAGAAAAAUUCGGAACUCGUAAAAUUAAAAUGGAAAAAUUUUGAAAAAACAGUGUCAUAUUGUCUUGAAGCAAAAUGUAGGCAUGCAGUAUUUUCUAAAUACUUUGGUGAUAGUCCACCACCGUGUAAAAAUAGAUGCGACGUUUGUGAGAACAAAGAUGCUGUUCAAUCAAGGAUAUCACAAUUUGAAAUGUCUCAAACUAGAUCACAUAGACAUGGUGGUAAUUUCAAAUCACAUAAAUCUAGUAGUGGUUUAAGUGAUGUGGCAUUGCCAAAGUAUGAUAAUGACGAAGAUGAGUGCACAGAAAAUCCAGUUUCAAGAGAAAGACUUUUAGCGCAAAGCAAACGAGAAUCCAGAGACCUAAUCGAAAAACAGUUUGCACUUCGGAGAAAUAAUAGUAAAAAUGAUGAGAUAAGAAAACAAAAUCUUGAAGAUGCAAAAGAAUCUCCCGUAUGCGCAGCUGCAAGUACUGAUAUAAAAAUAAAGGGUUUGACUGUCCAAGUGCGGGAACACUUUUAUAUUCAAUUAAAGUUAGCAUUAGCAGAUAACUAUGAAAAAAUGUUUUCGGAAACAAAAGAGCAACUUCAAGAGAAAGAUAUACAUAACAUAGCAUUUGAGCUUGAAUAUAAAGCAUUAUGUAAUUCCAAAGUUGCAAAUAAGUAUAAGUUUGAUAUGUCUAAAUUGAUAUCUUCUGUGCGGAAGUGUAUUAACACUAAUACAGUUCACGAAUGUUUACGUGAUUAUAAUACAAAAAGUAAACAGAAUAUAGAAUCAGGAUGUUUGAAUGAUGAUACUGCUUGGAAAAGCAAACAAGAUGAAAUAGGUGACAGGCUAGAUACACGAAAUGAAAGUGUGUUAAAUAAAUUUUGUAAUAAAAACAUUCGCGUUCCUUCCCAAGAAUCAAGUGCCAUAAGCAAAAAUAUGUUAUUUCCUACAUUUAAGACUGCUUUAGAAUUUAGGAAUGACGAGAAAGUAACAAAAGUCUCAUCUAACAGUAAUAACAAAUAUUUAUUUCAUGCAAGCAGUUUAAACAAUGACAAUAAAGAUAGUGCAACAGGAACGGGAUUUAAAGUCAAUAAACGUACUAUUGACUUUAGUGAUAGUGUAGAUGAAAAAGAUAAUACCGUAAAAAAUGUCAAAUCUUUCGAAUUAACUGGUUUCACAUGCGCUCGAAAACUCCACGAAGAAAAUAAAAUGAUAUAUAAAUGUCUUGACAAGAAAUCACGAAAAUCAUCGCAGGAAGUUGUGAAACCGGAUAUAAAAAUUAAAAAAACACCUCGUGCAACUAAAACAGUAUACGAGCAGAUUUUGAAAUCUGCGAAAUCGGAAACUGGCGUUGCAAUUAAAGAAAUUAUUUCUUCAACUUGCAAUGAAUCAAUUUCAAUGAAUGAUACAAAUGAUGAUAGUACAAAUACAAUUAAAAAUUCAACACAAUCGAAAAAUGAAAGUAAAAGACGGCGUGCAGACUCAUCUGGAAAUUAUGUAGAUACUGAAUCAAAUAAAAGAGUGAAGGUCGAUGAAGAGAAAUUUCCUGAAGGAAAUAAUGAAGAAAUUACUGAUCACAGUUAUAAAGAUAGUAUAAAUGAAAUUGUCAAUCGAACAAAAGAUAAAAUUAUAGAUAUUAAAAAUGAAAAAUUGUCGUCAAAUGUAAAAAAUAAGAGUAAAGAAAUAAUACCAAAAGAUGAGAGUACGGGAAUUGAACAUUCAGAGUUAAAAAAAUUUUCAGAAGAGACACGUCAUAAAACAAGUCGUCCUAAACAACACUCAGGUGAAAAGAAUAAGAAGAUCAUGGUGCCUGCUGAUAAAGCCACGCAAUUUAAGACUGCAGAAAUUUUAAAAUCGUAUUUAAUGAAGUACUAUCCAUCCAAACAUAUACCUGAUAGAACAACAUUUUCCAAAACUUGUAGAGAAAUGCACCAUACUAUACUAGGUCAAAAAAUAUUCGACAAAGAGGGAAUACAGAAAUUCGUUAAGAAACAUAUGACAGAAUUAAUAUCUAUGGAAAAUGUUUAGCAAAAUCAAUGGCCCUUGAUAGCAAUUAAAAUAUAUUUGUAUAUAUGUCUACAUAAAUAUGGAAUCAUAAAUUCUUGUAAUUAUCUACUUUAUUUAUUUUGUAUACGACAUAAUAUUAUCUGUAUAUAAAAGACCGCUACUAGUUAGUUAUAUUUAAACCCCAAAUAGCUUCAGUGUGAAAUUUAAAUUCCUUAAAUUUUUGUAUUUAUCGAUUUUUUAAUUAUAUUUUGUAAGCUUAAUAAUGUAUUUAUAGACACAUGUCUAUUAAAACUAUAGUUUAUCCCAUUAUUAUAAAAAGAAAAUAUUUCUAUGUGUGAUAUUAAUUUCAUUGUCUUCUUUAUUUUGUUUUUCAUAAUAGAAACGUAGGGUUAAGUGUUAGGUGUUUCCCAAAUUCCAGAAGAUGAAGUACCAAGAUAAUAAAUUUGUAUUACAAACAUUAUUUAUUGAGCAAUUUUUGUAAACACUCACAUCACUAACAUUUCACUGGCAAGAAUUACAGUAUUUGUUACAGUGAAAAAGAUAGCAGUCAUUACAUAUGUGCACAUAUGUGAUAUUAAAUAGUUUUAUUCUUAUGAACUAUAUUGAACAUCCAACUGAAGGAAACAGAAAUAAUGAUGUGUACUAAUACAUUAAACAAUGUUUUCCCAUCCUAUUAUAGUUAAAUAUUAAAUGAAUAUGACUCCUAGGAAUAUGUUUAUUUUCAUACUAUAAGAAUACUGUUUCCUUAGUUGAUACACUAGCUCUACAGGUGAGGCAAGAUUGAUAUUUAAGAAGGGUUUAUAUUUAUUGACCUACUUAAAAAUGAAAUUGAUACAAGAACCUGUUAUUUUUAAUAUAAUGAUUUGACAUGUUAUAUCUUUUAUAAAAAUUCCCCCUUGUUGCGUUUUUUUUUUGCAAUUUUUACAUGCAAUAUAUAAUAUGCAUUUUUUAUGCUCAUUAUUAAUAUACAAUAGGGGUUAUGGAAAUUGCAAAACUUUUUAAAAAUAAUUUGUGGAAUUUGUGGCCGCAUUGCAAACUUGAUGGCUGUAUUCAUGUGAGAAUACAAACAUUAAUAUUUUUAAGGUCAUGCAAUUUUUAUGGUCACUACUAUACCCAAUUUGGACAGUGUAAAUACUAAAUCUACUGCUGAUUCGUAACUUUUGUCUAUGUACAAUAUUUACAAGUGAUUCUUCGAAUAAAAUAGUACAUUUUAUUAAAUUGCCGUGUAAAGAUUUGCAAAGCAUAUUUGCAUGCAUGAAGGUAAUUACAAAAUAGUUUCUGGAUGCACAAGUACAUUAAAAAAUAUGAUUUUAGUUUUCACUAUUAUUCGUACUUGUUAUAUCAUUAAUUUUAACGAAGAAAAUCGCUUGUGUCUUUUAUCUUUUGCAAAGUAAUGUAAUUACUAUUUUGGAAUUAUACAAUUUUCAGAAUGCAAACUUUUAUAUUAUAUGUAUUCUAAUCAUUUUUUAAAAGUUAUUUCAAAAAUAAACUAAUUGUAAAUUUCAUACUUAUUCGAGGUAACAGUACACUCGAAUAAUUUUUUCAUAUUAUUAAUUAUUAAUAGAAUGAAUAAUUGUUUAAUUAAAAAUUGAAAAGUAAAUUCGCGUUGAAUCUCGCGUCUAUUGAUAAAAACUGUUGACGAAAUACAUGAAAUAAUGUACCAUGAGAAAUUUCGAAAUUUUUCUUAUAAAUAAUACUUUCGAGGACAUAUAUGAUAACUUAUGACUAAAGUGCAAUAUAUUUUAAACGAGCGAAUUAAAUACAUAGUUACAAUUAAAAUUGUUUUUUUUUCUGUUUUGGCUACUUGAAUUAUAUAAAUAUAUAUUUUCAUUUCAUGUGAUGUAUAAAAAUGCGUUAAAAUUAUUGAAAUGUAGAUAAUAUUUUUCCAACAUAAUUUAUGUAUCUAUGUAUUUUUAUUCAAUUUUAAAUCUUAUUAUAGUAUGGAAGUAGU